AUGGAUCAUUCAGAACUCGAACGAAAUCUUCUCUCGGAGAAAGACAUCUAUGAACACUCUGAUGCCGACUCGGAGAUGUCUGGGCUGUCCUGGAAUCCAAAGAACAACGGCUAUGUCAAUCGAAUCAGAAACGGCAUCGAGGAUUUAUUCAGUUCGAAAGGGCAAAGGAUCCUCCUUCUCAGUUCCGCUCUUCUCAACACGAUUCUCUUGAUUGCCGUCCUGAGCUUCUCGAGGGCAGCACACAACGAAUGGAACUGUCUGAGUCCUACCGUUGGUCUUCUCCCAAAUACACUCGAACGAACAAUCAGCGAUAUGACGCCGUUCUCGCACCGAAGUGACAACAACAGUGCACGAGAUGCGCUCUGGAAUAGCAUGGCGACUGAUCGGGGUGUCGUGGCCGUGGAUCAAGAGACAAUCGCGAAGCAAGGCUUGACCGAGACAAUCGUAUUUCCUUGGGACCCUACCAAGCGAGUUUAUAUCGUGAUUGCUUUCCAUCAACUGCACUGCUUGAAACUUCUCUACCAAACACUCACCAGUGCAUAUAAAGGAGAAGAGUUACAAAAGCCGGUGUAUGAGCACUGUGUUCACUGCUUGGAUCAACUACGACAAGAUGCUGAGUGCAAUGCGGACGAUAAUCUUUGGUAUAUUGGAGAAAAGAGCACGGGACAAAACCGCAAAUGCAAAGACUUUUCCAAGCUUGACGAAUGGGCCCUGGAACGCCAUGCUUGCUACAAUUUUGAACGGCCGAUGAAACCUGGACCACUUGAUGUUGAGGCUUUCACCAAUUGUCGUGACAGCUCUCCGUAUCUACCUAUCAUGAAGAAUCAUUUCGGGUAUGGUGAUGAUUGGAAGGGAGAUUACCCUGCACAUGAAGGUCCGACCUUUGAGAAUUAG